UGAUGAUGCACAGACAUCUACUUCCACAGACACACAAUCACCUAACAGCUUGGACAGAACAGCAAAUACUGAAACCACCAACAAUCCACAAGACAUGUAUAUGCAUUUUGCUGAUGAUGAGAUUGAUGAGUCUUCCGACUCAGAUGAAGAGGCACAUGAUAAAGCAGAUGACAUUUCCGCAGAUGAGAAUGAUAAGCCGCUAUAUGACAGUGCCAGAAUUACCUUACUUGAAAGUAUGGUUCUCAUCAUAACAUUUCUAACAAGACACCAAUUGACUCGAGAAGCCACAAAGGACCUACUACACCUGUUAGAAUUACACUGUCUUAUUCCAAAUUUAUGCCGGACAAGCAUGCAUCUUUUUUAUGGCUUCUUCAGUGAAAUAAAAUCACCUGCGCAGAAACACUAUUUUUGUGACUUCUGUCAUGAGUACUUUGGAAGUGAAAGCAAGCCUGAGUGUCCCAUAUGUAAGAAGAAGAAGGAGAAACAUUUUAUGUACAUUCCAUUGGCAAGUCAGCUGAAGUUUAUAUUAUCAGGUAAUAAAAUAGUUAUUGGUAGGUCAACUAUCAAGGCUAAGUUAUUUUAAAGAUAGUUAAAGUGAUAUAGUUAAAGUGAUAUUUUGUAUUUAUAUAAUUGGGUAAUUAUUUAAGUAUCAGUUGAAAUUUUAAGACAAGGUUAAGUGAUUGGCAGUUAAAGUUCUCUGCUGCAUGCAUUUUUUUUUGGCAAGGAAAGAUUAACAUUACACAACUGUAUUGAACCUUUAAUUCUACUUUUAGGACUUACAAAAUCUGAUAUCCAGUAUAGCAGUGCAAGGAAAAGGAAGUCUGAAAAUAAUAUAGAAGAUGUCUAUGAUGGAAAGAUAUACAAGAAGUACUUUGAUGGCCCUUACUUUAUUAACACCGAAGAAACAGACAAAUCAAAGGAAUUACAUAUAUCUUUACAGAUGAACACAGAUGGGGUUUCAAUAUUUAGAUCAUCUUCAUACAGUGUUUGGCCGCUUUAUCUUGUCAUCAAUGAAUUAAAUCCAAAGCAAAGGUACUUGGUUUUAUUGCAAAUUCUUUAAUUCCGGAAAAACUUAGAAUUAUAUAGUUUAAUAAUACUUUAAUGUACAUAUUUCAUUGUAGUACAAAAUCAUUAUAAAAUAUCAUCAUUCAGGUACUGAACCUUCUGUAUUGGCUCAUAAACAAAAACAUUUUCUUGACCUGGCCAGCUAUGUACUUUUGCAUAGAUUGGUUACAAAAUAUUACACUUCUUUAUUUUCAGGUUCAAUAGUGAAAACAGAAUUUUUGCAGGACUCUGGUUUGGGGAAACAAAGCCUCUUAUGAACAUUUUUCUUGCACCACUUGUUGAAGAAUUGGGUGUAUUAUACAAAAAAGGUAUUCAAAAAAUUAAAGUAGUAUUUGAAAUACUUUUUAAAUAUUUUUAUACUUAAAUAGUUGAUUAUUAUUUUCCAGUUACAUGAAUUGUUCAAUAAUAUUGAUGUUUUUUGUCUGAUUUUACAAUUUGACUAGAUUAUAUGAAACUGGUAUUACUGCAGCAUUCCCCCCCCCCCCCACUGUAGGAAUGGUGCUGGUACUAAGCAAAGUGAGAAAAAUGCCUCAUUGACUCUUAUUGGGAAUUUUAAAUAUUACAUCAAGUAUUCAUGGGUUUUUUUUAUCAAGGGAGACAUGAGAAUUAUGCCAAUUAUUCACUUAAAAAAACAUGUUUUAUCAACCAUAAGACACUGAUGGUAAAUGAUUUUUUUCCUAUUUGAGAUUUAGAAUAUUCAGUGGAUAAAUGAUAUAUGUUGUGAACUAGAAGUAUGAAAUGAACUGUGUAAGAAUAAAGCUCAUGUGGUUAUCAUUGUUUUUUACCCCAUAUAGCUUAUCAAUAUGAAAGCAGCCUUUUUCUGGUAUAAACCCUUUAAAGGAAAAACUGCCAAACUACAUGUAUAUGCUUAAGUAAAGAUGACAUAUUGUCAUAUUUUCAGGAGUAUCCGUCAUGAUACAAGGGCAGCAAUUUCUUCUAAAAGCUGUACUACUGAAUGUAGUGUGUGAUGCACCUGCCAGAUGUAUUGUCCAAAACUUUACUCAGUUUAAUGGAUUUUUUGGUUGUGGAUGCUGUAUGACAAAGGGAUCAUCUGUACAAACAAGUGCUAGAGGAACUAUGUUGUCCUACCCAUAUGAAAUAACUGAUGACAAUGCAAAAAUGGGUCAUUCACAACUCCGGACACAUUCCGAAACUGUAAAGUAUGCAAGAGAUGCUUUUCUGAAUGGUAAACCUGUACAUGGUGUUAAAGGUUUCACAGUGCUCACUGAUGUAUCUUAUUUUGACAUAAUCAAAUGUGUUACAGUUGAUUAUAUGCACUGUGUUUUACUAGGUGUUCAGAAAAUGUUACUGCAGCUGUGGACUGAUAAUGGAAAUAAAAAUGAAAAAUUUUACAUAGGUGAUUAUGUGGGGGUUUUAGAUGAUCGCAUGGCAGCAUUAACAAGCCCUAAUGUUAUAAAUCGCUCACCUAGACAUAUGAAAGAACUUAAACACUGGAAAGCUUCAGAAUACAGGUCAUUUCUUCUAUUUCAUUCUAUCUGUUGCUUACAAGAUAUGCUUCCACAGGACUAUUACUUGCAUUAUUUGUUAUUUGUUGAAAGUAUCUACCUACUUCUACAGUCAUCAAUAUCAAGAUCAGACAUAUCAAGAGCACAACUGCUCCUUGCUAAGUUCUGUGCUCAAAUGGAUUAUUUGUAUGGUCAGAGAUAUGAAACGUAUAAUGUUCAUUGUCUAUUACAUCUCACAGAAAAGGUAGAAGAUCUAGGGCCACUUUGGUGCCAAUCUUGCUUUUUUUAUGAAGACCUUAAUGGGAGUCUGCGUUCUUUGUUUCAUGGAACCACAAAAAUAGAGCUUCAGAUUGUGUCUGCUGUAUCUAUACAUCAACAAAUUCCAUUUUUGGUGAAAAAAGUAACUAAAAGAUCCGAAGUAGAACAGUUGUACCAUAGGUUUAAAAAUAAUAGCAAACAUCAAAAUAGAGAGUAUAUUAGCAAUCACAUGUUAGCUGUUGGUAGACAAAUUGAAUGUCAUCAUUCACAAGCAACCAGGAGGUUAAUUGAACAUGCUCAUGGACCAGUUCAUAAUGUUAAACAGUUUUUUAGAUUUCUUUCUAAUGGAAUUAUGUUUUAUUCUAUAAAGUAUCAAUAUGUGACAAAAAGAAACAGCUAUACUGUAGAGUAUACAGUAAACGAUUUGCCACAAUUUGGCCAGAUUCAGUACUUUUUGAAAACCCAGAUGCAGUCAGGAACCAAGUACUUGGCAGUUAUCAAACAAUUUUUGGUAGUUGACAGCACAACAAAACUACCAUGUCACUUCUAUGAGGUGAAGGAAAAUGGACAAACUGACGUUGUAGAUGUAAUAUCUAUUCAGCAGAUGUGUUACUUUGCUUGUCUAACCACAUCAAAAAAAUGUUUUAUAGGAAAGAUACCAGUGUUUAUUGAGUGUGACUAAAUCUGUUAAUUCUAAAAGGGACUUAAAAAUAGCCUUAUGUUCAUGAAGAUUUAUUGAGGAAAUCAUUCAUUGCCCCUGUACAAACCUAGCCAUUUUGGAGAGUGAGCAAUGACUAUUCAGAGGGGUUUUUUUUAGAUAAAUUUCUGCUGAUUGCACUCAUGUGAGACGGAUAACCUGCUAUCAUAUAUAUGACAUAAUAAUAUUUACUUCAUUGUAUUCUGUCUUGUCAGAAAGCUAUCCAGCUUGCCUAUGUUCCGAAUGUCAGUGGUUUUACUCUGGGUACCUGUUUGUGCUUUAAAUAACUUACAGAAGGGCACCUGAGAUCUUCCUCCACAUGUAAAGCUGGAAAGGCGUCACAUGACCUGUAAUGUGUUGGUGCAACAUAAAACCAAAUUGCAAAACAUAAUAAUAAUUACUUUCAUGAAAGAAUAGUCAAUUACUCUCUUACUAUAAGAAUAUAGCUUUAAGUCAAUAGAAAAUAAAAAAUCCUUUUGCAUUUUUGAUACGAAUAACCCCCCACCUCGACCUUUGAAUGCUAUUAAAUCUACAAAGCUAGCAUAGGACAUAUAUUUCCAGUAUGAAGACUGAAUAUUAACUCUAUCAUUUUACUUUAAUUUUGAUUCAAAUGUGCACAUUUAGUUCUGAUAAUGUCAAUAGGAGAUAUAUAACAAACUAUCUUCCUUUAUAAUAUUUUUUUUGUAGUAUGCAUGUACACUAUGCUUGCUGAUUAUGUAGGAUGUUCAUGUUCUGAGUUUUGAUAUUGUAUGUUUUGUACUUUGUUUUUUAUCACACAGGAAUAUUUUAUAAAUCUUGAUUGUAGAAUGUGACAUCCAUAUCAAAGUAAAAUGUUUAUAUUGAUUUUACUGAGUUAUUUUCUUUUUGAAACAUACAUUUUCAUUGACUAUAUGAAUAUUUUCAAAGCUGGUAAAUAUCAGAGAACUACAGAGUUUUAAAAGCAUACUUGAAGCCCCAUCAAAACAAGUCCUGCAUUGCUAAGUUUCAGAAGCACAACUUAAGUAUCAAAAUAACUUUUAAACAAACAGUCAAAGUCUGAGAAGUAGCAUAUAAGUCUCUAGUACAAAAUACUAUCAAAAUGAAGCACUUAAAAAGCCCUGGUGCUUCAACUGGAGCACACAUUUACAAAUUCAGAAGCUCAUUAGAAGCUGGAUGGGGCUUCAGAUGAAGUACACCUCCAGUCAAAAUAAGUGCACUUGAAGUCCCUAGUACUUCAGCUGAAGCACAGGUGCUAGUUUUAAAAGUUCUAUUGAAGUACAGAAAAAGCAUAUUAAAAGUAGGGGACUCUUGUGAAGUGGGGGG